AUAGGCGUGGCUUUACGUCCUCGCGUUAGAUUCAGGCUGGCGUUCGUCGAGCUUCAGUCGGCUUCUGUUUCAUUGAUUUAUAGUGUACGAAGAGAGUAAAAGUUUUAAAAGUUUGUGUCCCGGUAAAGUGCGACAUAAUUUCGCUGCAGCUGUUUGCAGGUCGGCAAGUGUGGAGCUUUGAAAUUCACAUUUUAGUCCUUUUCCUUUGUGAGGUUUUUUUUUUUCGAAAGGGAACAUGUCUGUCGACAUGGGUAAGAAGCAGGCAGGCAAAUCAAAGAAGGACGUUCAGGAGGUGGAGGAGUUUGUGGUGGAGAAGGUGAUUGACCAGCGAUUGGUCAAUGGGAAAGUUGAGUUUUUCCUCAAGUGGAAAGGCUUCUCAGAUGCUGACAAUACUUGGGAGCCCGAAGAGAAUUUGGACUGCCCUGAACUCAUUUCUGCAUUCCUGGAGUCUCAGAAAGGAGUUGUGGAGAAACCAGAAGCCGAAAAAAGAAAAUCCUCCACUGAUGAACCAGAAACCGAUGAGAGCAAGGCAAAGAGAAAGAAGGAAAUGUCUGACAAGCCGAGAGGGUUUGCAAGAAACCUUGAGCCAGAGAGGAUCAUUGGGGCAACUGAUAGCAGUGGAGAGCUCAUGUUCCUCAUGAAGUGGAAGGACUCUGAUGAGGCGGACCUGGUACCUGCAAAAGAGGCCAACACCCGUUGCCCACAGAUAGUCAUUGCCUUUUACGAGGAAAGACUAACUUGGCAUUCCUGUCCUGAGGAUGAGCAGCAAUAGCACCAUGUCUCGCUGAAUUGUGCUUUAUUGUCAUCUACCUGUACAGUGUUAGCGGAAGUGUUCAUAGCCUGUCGGUGGAGGAUUUCUCCUUUUUUUUUUUUUUUUUUUUUUUUUUAAUAUGUAUUGAGGUUUUGCUGGAAGCUAUAUGCAUGACUGUAGUGAACCAAUGAAAGUAUGUACAAAUGAGGUGAGUGUGUUUUUAAAAGUUACUAUGUAGGGCAGUGGUCUCCAACCCUGCUCCUGGAGAGCUACCGUCCUACAGAUUUCAGCUCCAAUCCCAGUCAAACACACCUGAACCCGUGAAUCAAGGUGUUUAGGGCUAUUUGAUAAUUACAGACAGGUGUGUUGGAGCAGGUUUGGUACUGAAGUCUGCAGAACAGUAGCUCUCCAGGAGCAGGGUUGGAGAUCCCUGAUGUAGGGUGCUUUAACUAUUCAUUUGAACUAGGUGUCACAGCAGUGCUGUUCAUUAAUGCACUGGCUUGUGUUUUUCUUUCACUCUUGUCAUUCAGAGAGAUCCAAAACUUGCAUUCUGUUCAUGGUCAUAGUUUCUUCUGGUGGAUUAUGCUGUCGUUACCGUAGUUGUUUUUUUCCUUUAUUUCUUAUUGUUUACCUGAAUAUUGGAAUCGUCUAUGUAAAUGUCUGUGUAAAUAUUUCUUAUUUUUUAGUUCAAUAAAGGUUUAUAUGCCUGCUUUUAA